AUGACAUCGUCUAAUUAUUUACCAAACGAUAAUCAUUUACAAUUCAGUGAAUCAAAUGCAUGUUUACCACCUAUGACCAGUUUUCGAUCUGGUACAUAUGGUUCAAAUGGAACGGAACAAACAGUGCAAACCGGAGAAGCAUUAGGAAACGCAAUACAACAUAUCUAUCCAAAUGAUGUUCCAAGCAGUAAUAUGUAUUCAUCCCCACCAUCGUCUACACCACUACUCAACGGAUCUAGUCAACGAUGGGCAAAUGCAUUUCAGCAGUCACAGCAAUAUCAAAAUCAACUGCAACGACUUCCUCCAGGACUCCAAGAUGCCGAUGAUUUAUUGCAUAUUCCACGUAGUAAUAGUCAUUUGUCCAAUCACUGUCAUCAUAUUCGGCAUCAACAUCACUCAGGUGGUUGUAACAUGCAUCAUUUACAACAACUACAACAUUCCAGUGCCGCUUAUUCAACAUUUUUAAAUCAACAUUUAUCAUCGUCAUCAAUUUCAAAUUCAACGCCACCUCCACCAUCACCCUCUUCAACGUCAACGUUACAGUCAUACGAGCAACAAUUGAGAAAUCGUCGUCAAAACCUAACAGCUGACACCUACUCAAGUUUUUAUUCGACUAUAGAUGCAAAUCCAUCAUCGACAUCAUCAGUCGAAACAAAUGAUCUGAAGCUUGAAAAUUUAGAAAAAGUGAAGUUAUCAAGGAAAUCAUUGAAUGUUGAAAAUAAAGCACCAUCUCAACAAUCUUCUUCUGCAUCACCACCUAUUAAUAAUGAGAAACUAGAUCAUUUCAGUAGACAACAACAAAUUGAUAUUGGAGCUACGCAAGAAAAUUCUGCACCUCUCAGUGUAUCAGUUGGAUGUGUAGCAGCAAAUAUUGGAGCCAGUUCUUCGUCAUCAAAAUCAAAAAAUAAUUGUAACACUAGUCCAAAUAAUUUAGCA